AUUGGUGUUUUAUUUUUCAUUCCAGCUUCUGAGUAUCCCAAAAUAACGGAGCAUCCCUUGGAUGUCAUUGUACCCCGGCACGACCCGACAACGCUCAACUGCAAAGCAGAAGGCAUCCCCACGCCAACCGUCACAUGGUUUAAAGAUGGUGAACCGAUUAAAGUCGAUCCCGGGUCCCAUAAAGUGCUGCUGCCCGCCGGGGGUCUGUUUUUCCUAAAGGUCGUGCACUCACGUCGUGAAAGCGAUGCUGGAAUCUACUGGUGCGAAGCGUCGAACGAACUUGGUGUGGCCAGAAGUCACAACGCAACACUACAAGUGUCAGUUCUCCGAGAAGAGUUUCGUCUAGAACCACAGAAUACAAGGGUGGCACAGGGAAAAACAGUGCUCUUAGAAUGCGGACCUCCGAGAGGAUACCCGGAACCGACCGUUUUUUGGCGUAAAAACGGGCAAACUUUAGAUCUAACCAGUUCAAAGCGCAUCCGUAUCGUGGACGGUGGCAAUCUGGCCAUACAAGAUGCUCGACAAUCGGACGACGGUCGUUAUCAGUGUGUAGCGAAAAACGUUGUAGGGGUACGCGAAUCUACCGUCGCAUUCUUGCGCGUUCAUGUGAAACCAUUUCUGAUUCGUGGACCACAGGACCAGACUGUUGUAGCAGGAACUUCGGUUGUGUUUCAGUGCCGAGUAGGCGGUGAACCAUUGCCAGAUGUUCUCUGGAGGCGGUCAGCUUCCGGAGGUAACAUGCCUCUCGAACGUGUCCGGGUGCUUGAGGACAGAAGUUUACGAAUAGAUGACAUUACAAUCGAAGAUAUGGGUGAAUACAGCUGUGAGGCGGACAAUGCCGUUGGAUCCAUCACUGCAUCCGGAACAUUGGUGGUGCAUUCUCCGCCAAGCUUUCUAGUACGCCCCAAAACUCAGCUCGUUGAACCGGGAUCAGAAGCACUCUUCGAAUGUCAGGCAACUGGACAUCCAUACCCAACCCUCUUCUGGGCGAUAGAAGGAAAUCGAACAUUGCUGCUGCCGGGUAGCCGCAUGGGUAGCGUGGAGGUAACACAAAAUGUGGACGGAACCAGCGUCUUUUCUAUAUCUCAAAUCGGUCGAAUGGACAAUGGGAAAGUUAUCGUGUGUAGUGCGGUCAACAGUGUUGGCAGCGUCAGCACGCGUGUUGUGUUGAGUGUGAAUCUUCAAGAUGAUCGGCCGCCACCCGUUAUACUUCAGGGUCCUAGCAAUCAAACUUUGCCAAUAAAAUCGGUAGCAAUCCUACCGUGCAGAGCCACCGGGAUUCCCAAUCCGGUAAUAUCAUGGUACAAGGACGGUAUUCCUGUUCUAGCAUCGGAAAAAAAUAAUAUUUCGGACACCGGAACAUUGACAAUAGCGGAUUUGAGCAAAUCCGAUAGCAGCGGGCUGUAUACCUGUGUUGCCAGCAGCAAAUCUGGUAAAACGACAUGGAGCGCGAUGCUCAAGGUUGAUACACCAACCAACCCAAAUAUCAAAUUCUAUCGCGCCCCGGAAGCAUCCACUUUUCCAGGUUCCCCUGGCAAGCCCCAGGUAUCUGCCAUGAAUGAAAACUCAGUCGCGCUUUCCUGGGUAAAAUGCGGCAAAGUUGGCGCUUCCAGCUUGCUUGGUUAUGUGGUAGAAAUGUUUGGCCGUAAUCAAACAGAAGGAUGGCAACAAGUUGCUAGUCGUCUUCCAGACACUUCCUAUGUACAAACUGGACUUAUUGCAGGAGUGACGUACUAUUUUGUAGUGCGUGCGGAGAACUCGCACGGAAUAUCUCUACCGAGUUCACUGUCGGAGCCUAUUUUGCUUGGCAUGAGUGAUAUCAGUGGUGCAGGGAUCGACAUGAGUGAAGCCCGAGCUAGUCUAUUGUCCGGAGACGUGGUAGAGCUCGUCAAUGCUACUGCAAUUGAUUCGUCAACAAUAAAAUUGAUGUGGGAGAUCAUCAAUGGCAAGUAUGUAGAAGGCUUUUACAUUUAUUCACGAAAUCUAAUCAGUGAUCGCACGGUUGAUGAUCAAACGUACAAAUUGCUAACCGUGUUGAAUGCCGGUGCUUCGUCUUGCUCCGUGGCGGGGCUUGAGAAAUAUGCAGAGUACGAAUUUUUUAUUGUUCCGUUCUAUAAGUCAGUCGAAGGCAAACCUUCUAACUAUCGGGUGGCAAGAACUUUAGAAGACGCUCCUUCUGAACCGCCAUAUGGUAUGGAAGCGCUACUGCUGAACUCAUCUGCGGUGUACUUGAAAUGGAAACCACCCGCUACGUCAGCCCAGAACGGUAUCCUACGGAGCUAUAACAUCAUCGUGCGUGGAGUUGAUCUACGAUCCAAUUACUCUAAAGUACUUAGUAAUGUUACGAUCGAAGCUACCUCAUCCACAUUGUUGCUGGCAAACUUGACUGAAGGAGUAACAUACACUGUCAGCAUAGCUGCCGCUACCAGCAUUGGAAUGGGACCAUUCAGCAAUCCUGCAACACUCCGACUUGAUCCCAUUACUAAGCAGCUUGAUCAAACAUCCCACCGGUAUCCUAUCAAUCAUAACAAUAUGGAUGACAUCCUCACACAGCCCUGGUUUAUCGCGGUGCUAGGAACCAUCUUGGUUCUUAUGAUGCUCUCUUUCGGUGCAAUGGUUCUUGUAAAGAGGAAGCACAUGGUUAUGAAACAAACAGCUGUUGCUGCCAUACGAGCUCACUCCACCGCAGGUGUUCUUAAGAUACAACAUAACGAUGGUCUUUGGAUGGACCCAUCAGGCAUGAUGUGGAGUCAUCAGCCGACAGGAAUGGAAAGAAACAAAGACCACAUACAAGAUUAUGCACCGGUUGGCAUUCUUCCUCAAGAGCAACAUCAACUCCAAGCAGCGCAACAACACAAUCGAAGCCGUUAUGUAGAGUACAUGGACUAUCCAAGUGAUUACGCCGAGGUAUCAUCUUUUCAUCAUCUACCUCACGAGAGGGCAGUAUCACAAGCGAGUGGCAGCAAAGCACCAAGUGAAUACAGCUCGGGAGGGGCUCGAUCGCCAGCACCUUACGCUACCACUACAUUGAUUGGAAACUCGAGAUUUAUUACUGCUCCUGGGGGAGUAACGGGAAAUGAGAGUCGUCAACAGCGUAUGCCAGCAGGUAAAAUAUAUUACAACGCCGAGGCCUAUUCGGCCCCUCAAGCCACACAGGCUCCAUCAGAGAGUGGCAGUUUGAGCUACGGUCGAAAUGUUUGCUCAGAAUCAUAUUUCAACCCAAACGAAAAAAUCAAUAUCACCGAGAAUAAGCUGGCGUCUCACACGGUGUCCAUACCGGCUUCCGGCAUUGUGCCCGUAAGCGCUGGCUACCACCAUCUAGUGCAAAGCCAGAAUGAAAGUUGGAACGGUCACAGUAGUGCGGCCAGCAGUGCCUGUAGUGCUAGCAGCGGAAGUAGUAAUACUAGCAAUGGGAACGGUGCAGAACGAUCUACUGGUCCUGCAUCCGGUUCAACUCAAUCAAUACCUGUCCCUACGCAAAUGGAGACGCUAAGAAGUGCAUCCAACAAAACCCGUUUCAAGCUCUCUCGAACACCGAUAGGGAACAGUCUGCGGUCCACAUCGCAGCAAAACGCUGCUCCUAGCGAGUAUGGUAAUCAGCUAGCUCAUCAUCAGCCGCUGCAACGGAAGAAAAUGUCCUCUCUCAAUAAUUUGGGGCAAAAAGAGCAGUUCUAUAUCAAAGUAGGCGAAACAGGGACUCCAGGUAGCACUAACAGUUGGAAACAGUCCACCGUUAGCGCAAUGGCAAUGUCCAACUUGUACCAAAAUACAAAUGACACUUUACCGGUGGCUAGUAACAGCGGGGAUUCCAAUGUAAUCGUCUACCUGCCGGCUGGAAACCGCAGCGUCAUUAGCUACCGUGUCGGCUCCGACUACGGGGACGAUGUUUGA